AUGGACAUCUCCCUGCAGACUCACCAAUCCUACAUUGGCAAGCCUGUCAGUGCGCUUCCGACUCCUGCCUUGGUGCUCAGCAAGCCAGUGUUGGAAAGGAACGUGAAGAGGCUCCAUGACGAUGUCGAAGCUUUAGGCAUUGGCUUUCGGCCACAUGUCAAGACCCUCAAGACCAUCGAGGCGACGAGGAUAAUGCUCGCCAAUGGAAAGUAUAGGAAGAUCGUUGCGUCAACGCUUUCUGAAAUCCGUGGCUGUUUGCCGUUGGUAAAGGAGGGAAUUCUAGACGAGUGUCUCUAUGGCCUUCCCAUCCGCCCCUCGGUUUUGGCCGACCUAGAUGCUUUUACUAGCCAACACAACCUCAAAAUCCUGCUCAUGGUUGACCACGCAGACCAUAUCCGUAUUCUAGAAGAAUUUAAUACUAGCACUGGCCGCAAAGCUCCUUGGCCUGUGUUUAUCAAAGUUGACGUUGGCACGAGCCGCGCUGGAAUUGUGAAUUCGUCCCCGCGACUAGACCAAGUUAUUCGGUCUGCAAAUGACUCGACCGCAGUUUCUAUAUACGGAUUCUACUGCCACGCUGGCCAUUCGUAUGCCUCCAAGACCACCGACCAGGCAGUCCAAGUUCUUCAAGACGAGCUCGAGGGUGUCUUGACAGCAGCCAAGAAGCUGGUCGACCGCAAGACAGAAGACGGAGAGCUGAUCCUCUCAAUCGGCGCCACGCCAACAGCUCAUGUGGUCGCCAAUUUGAAGAAAAGCCUACCUGCGAAUGCAAACCUCGAACUGCACGCAGGAAACUUCCCUGCCAAUGACCUACAACAGGUCGCGACGGGGCUUGUGGCUCAAGACGACCAAGCUGUGCGGGUCAUUGCCGAAGUAUGCAGUGUAUACCCAGAGCGCAACGAGGCCUUGAUCAACGCCGGCGUAAUCGCACUCACAAAAGAGACAAGCUUGUUUGCUGGGCUGGCGCGCUGGGCGGACGAUAUUAACUGGAGCAUUGUGCGUGUCAGCCAGGAGCAUGGAAUUUUCAGCUGGGUGGGCGAAGAGUCGAAAAAGGAAAAAGCCGAGGAUCGAUUUGAGGUCGGACAAAAGGUAUUGCUGUAUACACAGCACGCUUGUAUCACCAGCGCGAUGUAUUAUGUGCUGUAUGUGGUGGACGAGCAAGAUAUUAUCCGAGAGACCUGGAUCCCAUGGAAGGGGUGGUAG